GACUUGGUCGCUCGAGUAUUCCGACUCUAGCUUCGAAACCUUCUAAAGGACCUCACAGAUAAAAAUGGAAUCUUUGGAAAGAUCAAAGCAUUCAUUUACGUGAUAGAAUUCCAGAAGCGCGGCCUUCCUCAUGCUCACCUAUUGCCCAUCAUGGACCCUCAAGACCGACCUCGCACAAUGGAUGCCUACGACCGCUUCAUUUCCGCAGAGAUACCUGACAAGGGGACACAUCCUGCUGCUUACAAAAACCAUAACCAAGAGCAUGGUUCAUGGCCUAUGUGGAGUACUCAACUCGAAGUCGCUGUGUGUGAUUACCCAAAGGCCUUCCGCAAUGUUACCUUGGACGGAAACAACGGAUACCCCAUCAACCAUCGCCGUGACGACGGGAGAAGCAUUCUAAGCAAGAACGACGAUACAGUCAACAACAGGUGGAUUGUGCCCCAUAACCUGU